CUUUUUCUUAGGCAAUAUAAACAUGAAUUUAUGAUUGAAAUACAGUAAACAUUAACAUAAGAUGGAAAGAAACGUAAUAACAAAAAUAGAUACAACAACAAUUGAUAAUUAUUAUGAUAAUGAUCGAAUAUCUGAUCUUCCUGAUUUUAUUGCUCACCACAUUCUCUCAUUUUUAGUCGAUUCGCCUAAAGAGCUAAUUCGAACGAGCGUACUCUCCAAAAAAUGGUUAGCUCUAACUGCUUCUUUCCCCAUUUUGCAUUUCAACUUAGAAUCGUUUGAUAAAGCUAUAUAUCCAUCAUGGGCACCUUUUGAUCGCCAAUAUUCCAAAAAAAUAUUUUUCAAAUAUAUUGCAUAUACCAUUUCUAGAUUCUCACAACACCAAAAUGUCAUAAAUGCCAACACUUUCGACCUCCGAGCUGAGCUCGAGGAUCCUGCACAUGCAGAUAUUAUGAACAGAUGCCUUGGAUUUGUUCUUAAACCAGGCUUGCAGGUGUUUGCUAUUUAUAGUUGUGGCAGACACCGUUAUUCUGUGCCGCCGCCUAUGUAUCGUUUGCCUAAUGUGCUCUUGUCUGUCUCUUCGUUAACGUCUUUGAGUAUACGCGAUUGUGAGUUGCCUUCUUUGUUGAUUGCCGGUGAUGGUGACGUUGUUAGGUUUAAGUUGUUAAAGAUGUUGAAUCUUGAUGAUGUCUAUUUAAAUGAGGAAAUGAUUAAGUGUUUGACUGCUGGUUGUCCUCUUCUUGAAGAGUUUCGUGUUUGUCGCUGUUAUGGUUUUAAACGGCUUUGUGUUUAUGGGCUGCAAAAUCUGCAAAAAGUGGAGGUUUACUAUACGAGUGAAGUCGAGGAAAUAGACAUUCAAGCUCCAAAUCUAUCUGAUAUAUUUUUAUCAGAUAUGAAUGCAAAAGGUGUACCACCAUGUAUUAACUUGUUUUCUGGCAAAACGUUGUCAAUGAUUUUCUAUGGAUGUUUUUCUGAACAGUUUGCCGUCUCCUUAUCCAACUUUCCGUUUCUUGAAACUUUAAUCUUGAAGCUAUCUUAUGACCACACAAUUUUGAAGCUGUCAAGUCAUUCCUUGAGGACCUUAAGCCUAGAUACACAAAUUGAUUUGGAAGAUAUUGAGAUCGAUACCCCCAAUUUGCUUUAUUUUCAGUACUCUUCAAGAUGUUCAAAUGUGCAUCGCCCAAUAAGGAAUUCAGGCGAGUCAAAAGCAUGUAUGGAAUGUUACCCUGACCUUGAUUGUGACACUAUCUGGUUCCAGCAGUUUAGGCGGUUUUUGGACAAGACAAUUGCAUUUAAAGUGUUGAAGUUGCAUAUUUGCACGAAUAACACAGAUGUUGAAGAACUUAAGUUGCUCGAGUGGCCACCUUUUGAACUUGAGCACAUUGAGCUGAACGUGCGUGGCAUUAGUGAAUUAUCAGAAUAUUUGCCCGUUUUGGAAGCUGUUCUUUGGUGUUGCAGGCCUAGAUCUUUAACUUUAAAAUCAUUCAACUUUUAUAAUGAUAUUGAAAGGCGGAACCAAGUUGUUAAGUUUACAUAUGAGAAGCUGCUGCAACAAGAAGAUAAGGGCAAAACUAAUAUUCAGAUCAUGUUUUCUACUGUCAAAGCCUGCGGAUCUCAUGACUUGUUAAUUACCUUCUUAAAGGAGGAAGUUAAUCAUAAAGCAAGUCUAGAAGCAAGAUAUGAAUAGUCGAAAGGUAGGCGAAUAUGGAGAUUUUAUGGUGUACGAAUCUACCACUUAGGACGGAAGUACGAAAAUUCGGAAAGUACCAUUCAAGAUCGCAUUUCUGUUUUGGAGUACUCGAUUGCAGAAAUUAGUUAGAAAAAUAAAAUAAAAUUGUGAUGAUUUAACAUAUGGGUUCCAUCUUUUCCUUGGUUUGAUUUGGUAUUGGUUCCAAUAUUCUUGACUGAAUAUGUAUUUGAAGGAAGUGUUUGCUUCGUUAUUGAUUGUUUAGACAAUGUUCUUUGUUCUAGUUCAAGCGUGAUGUCGUGUUGAUUGUGGA